GAAGAGAAGAUCCCACUAUAGAUGAAGAUGUUUAACGAGGUCAACGACAAGCUGUCAGACAAGAGGAAACAGAUACUCAUAGACGAGAGCGUGCUGGGGAAGCGGAGGCAUAUCUUGAGGGACGAAAUUGCUAAGCAAGAGCUCAACCAACGUGACUUGGCCGACAACCUCAAACUGCGCGGCAUCCAGACAGAGAUAGAAAAUUGCGAGAAAGAGAUCUCCGAGAUAGCGGAGAAGACCAACGGGUUCAACAUGGACCUGCUUAAGGAGAAGAGUGCCCUUGCAGCCAAGGAGAAGCAGAUUAGCAAGGAGAGGGAACAGAAUAGAGGGAAAAUGCAUGCGCAUAAAGACAGACUGAAACAGUGCAAGCAAGACUUACAAGACAUGAUAGACCAAGGCAUAGAGAAGACCUACAAGGAGAAAUACUAUCAGCUGACGGUGACCAAGGCGAUGAGCAAAGACAUUAAAGAUUACUAUAUGGCACUCGAGAAGUGCUUACUAGAGUUCCAUAAGGAGAAGAUGAAGAAUAUCAACCUUAUUGUAAGAGAAAUGUGGAGAAAGAUCUACAGAGGAAACGACAUAGACUAUAUCGAGAUAAAGACUGAUGGCGGCUUAACGGAAGACGCGGACCGGUAUAAAUAUAACUACAGAGUGGUGCAGUGCAAGAACGGCGUGGAGAUCGACAUGCGCGGGCGCUGCUCGGCGGGGCAGAAGCUGCUCGCCUGCCUCAUCAUACGCCUCGCGUUGGCGGAAACCUUCAGCACCAGAUUCGGCGUCCUAGCACUAGACGAGCCAACAACAAACCUCGACCAGGAAAACAUAAAAUACCUGUGCAUGGCGCUCAACGAAAUAGUCCAAGAGCGGAUGGCCCAGAAGAACUUCAUGUUUAUCAUUAUCACGCACGACAAGGAGUUUAUCACCUCGCUGGGACAUAUCGACCAGGUGUCCCACUACUAUGAGGUGUCGAGAAACGGCAAGGGCAAGUCUGAGGUCAAGAAAGUGUGCUUCUCUUAAUUAAUCUCAAAAUUUAAAGACUAUUUUGGUAAACAGAUUGUCGCAGUCGCAGGGAUGGUUUUUGUGGGCAGAAAACUUAUUCUUAGCCACGUGAAAAUUUGCGCUAUUCUUACAAAAGGAUCAAAUUGUCUGCCAAAAACGUGAAACCAUUUAAAUGGUAAAUGA